AUGUCAGCAAUGGGCUCAAACCCUGGACCUGCAGUCAUGAGUUACGGCAGAGCCCUCGCCAUGUUCGGUCCCCCUAAAACUCACACCGAAUCGACCCCCAAGGCUGAACGCGAGUUCCAUGUCGAGGGCCACGACUGGGCUGGCCUGACCAACUGGAUCCACAGAUGUAUAGAGACAGACAAGAAGUUCUUUGAGAUCACACUUCUUUCUUGCAAGAAGCAAAGGGAAGAUCAGCGCACCACAAUUAUCGAGAGACUGUCAAAGUGGAACCUCUCCGAUGAUGUUGCGGCAGGUUUUGGUGACGGCUCUUCGAGAUAUGGAAACCCAAGCAAGUACUGGCCUCACUCGAAAUCUCUCGACGGAAUGAAAGCGGAGGAAGCACGCAAGCAUCACUGA